UGAGGGGACAUGAAGGGACAUGGGGUCCCGGUUGGAGGUGACAUCCCAGGUUGGGGGACACACGUGUGUAAGGGGAUGUCUGACAGAGGGACGGACAGACGGAUGGACAGACAGAUGGACAGAUGGAUGGAGAACUGUGUGGAGGGAUGGACAGACAGAUGGACAGAUGGAUGGAAGGAGGGAUAGUUGGAGGAUGGACAGGCAGACGGACAGAGGGAUGGACAGAUGGAUGGACACGUUGAUGGAGGGAUGGGCAGAGGAAUGGACAGAUGGACGGAAAGAUGAAUGGACAGACAGACGGACAGGGAGAUGGAAACUAGGUGGAGGGAUGGACAGACAGAUGGACCGAUGGAUGGAGGGAUAGAUGGAAGGAUGGACAGAUGGAUGGAAGGGCAGACAGACAGAUGGACAGAGGAACAGUCAGACGGAUAGACAGAGGGAUGGACAGACGGAUAGAUGGAGGGAUGGACAGACAGAUGGAUGGAGAGAUGGAUGGAGGAACGGAUCAAUAGAUGGAUGGACAGACAGACAGACUUAGAUUCAGGUGGACAUGGAGACAGACAGAUGGACAGGCAAGGUGGGAGGAUGGGCACAGAUGGGUGGAUGGACAGACAGAUGGACAAACAGUUCCAUGGACUGACAGAUGGACAGGCAGACUUUGAGUUGCACGGACAGACAGAUGGACAGAUAUCCGGACACACUCAUCGCUGCAUGGACAGACAGAUGGACAGACAGAUAUCUGGACAUAAUCACAGUUGCACAGAUGGACAGACGGCUGGGCUGGUACCUGGACAGAUGGACGGACAGACAAGCAGACAGCUGGAUUGGCAGACAGAUGGACGGAUGGGCGGACAGACGGGCAGUCUUACAGUUGCAGAGACAGACGGACAGACAGACAGGUUUGUAGUUGCAUGGACAGAUGGACAGACAGAUAUCUGGACAGCAUUACAGUCAGACAGACAGGCAGACAGAUGGACAGGCAGACAGACAGAGGGAUGGACAGACAAGCGGAGCGGCAGACAGACAGACAGACAGACGAGCAAGCGGGCGGACAAGCAGCCUGGCAGAUUUGCGGACAGAUGGACAGCAGGACAGACAGAUGGAUGGCAGGACAGACAGACAGAUGGAUGGACAGACAGACAGAUGGAUGGGUGGACAACCAGCCUCGCAGCUUUAUGGGCAGCCAGACGGACAGCGCAGACAGAUAGCGGGACAGACAGAUAGACAGACAGACAGAUAGACAGCUCGUCGGCCUCGCAGUCGGACAGACAGACGGAUGGACGGGCGGGCAAGCAGGUGGACAAGCAGCCUGGCAGACUUCGGACAGACAGACGGACUGACAGCAGGACAGACGGACGGCUUGUCAGCCUCACAACCCGCCGGACAGACGGACAGAUGGGUGGACAACCAGCUUGGCAGAUUUACGGGUGGAGAGAGAUGGACGGAUGGACAGACAGACGGGCAGCUUGUUAGCCUUACGACCCAGCCAGGCAGACGGACGGACAGACGGAUGGGUGGACAACCAGCCUGGCAGAUUCACGGGCGGAGAGAGACGGACAGACUGACAGCAGGACAGACGGACGGGUGGACACCUUGUCAGCCUUACAACCCCACCAGGCAGACGGACGGACAGACAGACGGGUGGACAACCAGCCUGGCAGAUUUACAGGUGGAGAGACACGGACAGACAGACAGACAGCUUGUCAGCCUCACAACCCCGCCGGGCAGACGGACAGACAGACAGACAGAUGUGCCACGUGCCACCGUCCCUGGGGGCGGGGCCGGGUGGGGCUCCCGUGGGACAUCAAAGCCGCCAAUCGGGUGCCACCCACGGGCCGCGCUGGCCCCGCGGACCCGGCGUCCCCCACCCCCUGAGUCACCGGCACCGCGGCCACGCGGCCCCUCCCGCCAUAAAUACGGCCCCGCCGCCCCCGCCCGGCGUCCCGGCACCGGCACCGGCACGGGCUCCUGCGCCGGAAUGGCUCAAGAUGGCCAUAGGGCCUUCAGCUUCACCUCCAUCCUCAUCCUCAUGGCUGGUGGGCUCCUCCUGGGCACCCCGGCACAGGCACUGCUGCAAGAGAACGGCACCAAUGGUGCACCCGACGAGGAGGCGCGGAUCAUCGGGGGGAGACCCUGUCGCAUCGACCAGCGCCCCUUCCAGGUCGCCAUCAUCAAAAGGGGCCAGAUCCUGUGCGGGGGAAGCUUGAUAAGCGACCAAUGGGUGCUGAGCGCCGCCCACUGCAAGCAGCCAAUCAGUUCCGUCAGGGUGUUGAUCGGGACGGCCACGUUACGGGACGGGACGGGCACCGUGCGAUCCGUCACCCGAGCGCUGGUCCAUCCCAACUACAACCGCGGCCGCAACGACAACGACUUCAUGUUGUUGAGGCUCAACAAGCCCGUUCGCUUCAGCGACACCGUCAAGAAGAUCCGGUUGCCCAGAGAGUGUCCCAGGGAGGGGAUGAGCUGCACCGUGUCCGGAUGGGGCACCACCAAGUCCCCGGGAGCAAAACUGCCCAAAAAUCUUCACUGCGCCGCCAUCCAGACGUUGGGGGAGGACGUGUGUGCCAGGGCCUACGGCAAUGCCAUCACCCCCAACAUGUUCUGCGCCGGCGUCCCCCAGGGGGGCGUGGAUUCCUGCCAGGGUGACUCCGGUGGCCCCCUGGAGUGCCAGGGGGUGCUGCAGGGGGUGGUCUCCUGGGGCAUGGCCGUCUGUGGCCGCCGCGGCCAGCCCGGCGUCUACUCCAAUGUCUGCCGUGCCGUCCCCUGGAUCCGCAGGCUCGUCAGGACGUGAUGACACCCCCAGGGCCACCGUGACACCCUUGUAGCCACCGGGUCACCCUUGUGGCCACCAUGACACCACCAUGGCCAUCGUGACAUCCUUCUGGCCACCAUGACACCACCAUGGCCACCAUGACACCCCUGUGGGCAUCGUGACACUCUGGUGGCCACCAUGACACCACCAUGGCCAUCGUGACAUCCUUCUGGCCACCAUGACACCACCAUGGCCACCAUGACACCCCUGUGGGCAUCGUGACACUCUGGUGGCCACCAUGACACCACCAUGGCCAUCGUGACAUCCUUCUGGCCACCAUGACACCACCAUGGCCACCAUGACACCCUUGUGGCCAUCGUGACAGCCUGGUGGCCACCAUGACACCACCAUGGCCAUCGUGACAUCCUUCUGGCCACCAUGAUACCACCAUGGCCACCAUGACACCCCUGUGGGCAUCGUGCCACUCUGGUGGCCACCAUGACACCACCAUGGCCAUCGUGACAUCCUUCUGGCCACCAUGACACCACCAUGGCCACCAUGAUGCCCUUGUGGCCAUCGUGACAGCCUGGUGGCCACCAUGACACAACCAUGGCUUCCGUGACGCCCUUUUGUGGCCAUUGUGACACCCUGGUGGCCACCAUCACACCAUCAUGGCCAGCAUGACACCCUGGUGGCCAUCGUGACACCACCAUGGCCACCGUGACACCCUCGUGGCCACCAUGACACCCUUGUGGCCAGCGUGAUACCCUGGUGGCUACCAUGACACAACCAUGGCCUCUGUGACACCCUUGUGGCCAUCGUGACACCCUGGUGGCCACCAUGACACAACAAUGGCCAUCGUGACACCCUGGUGGCCAUCGUGACACCACCGUGGCCACCAUGGCACCCUCGUGGCCACCAUGACACCCUUGUGGCUAGUGUGAUACCCUGGUGGCUACCAUGACACAACCAUGGCCUCUGUGACACCCUUGUGGCCAUAGUGACACCCUGGUGGCCACCAUGACACAACCAUGGCCAUCGUGACACCCUGGUGGCCAUCGUGACACCACCGUGGCCACCAUGGCACCCUCGUGGCCACCAUGACACCCUUGUGGCUAGUGUGAUACCCUGGUGGCUACCAUGACACCACCAUGGCCACCAUGACACCCUGGUGGCCACCGUGACACCCUCAUGGCCAUCAUGACACCCAGGUGGCCACCAUGACACCACCAUGGCCAUUGUGACACCUUGGUGGCCACCGUGUCACCCUUGUGGCCAUCGGAACACCCUUGUGCCCACCAUGACACCAUCGUGGCCAUCGUGACACCCUGGUGGCCACCACAACACCGCCGUGGCCACCGUGUCCCCAUCCAACCACCCUCCCACCAGGGACCUGUGUCCUGGUGGGGGGGGGGGAUGGGUUACCCAGAAUGCACUGGGGCGAAAUUUGGGGUGAAAAUAAAGGAAAAGAGACAAA